UUAGAUUGAAAAUUUAUGGAGGUUGAAGGGGCCAAAUAUAAAUUUAUAUUACUUUCAAGUUAAAAUAAAGGGUUAAUUCGAAACUUCAAAAACAUAUUUCGGUGGCAAAUGCAUUUUUUACCCUUUCUCUCUUUUUUUUUUCAAAAACUUGUGAAAGAUUGGGAGAGUUGCAACAUAGAAGAUCGAGCACCCAAGACAAGAUUUACAGGAUCUGCUAGACACUGGUUCUAAGUGUUUGUCGAUAAAAACUCCAAUUCAGAAAGAGUUAGGUGAUGCUGUAAAAUGUUAUGAAGACUACGAAAGUAACAACAUAAGCUGAGGAAUGGACGUGGCUCAUUGCUAUUUAGAAGGCAAUGCUGAUGCCGUAGAGUUUUGCCUCCACGAUGGGUACCAACAUGUAUUGGCGGCUUCAACGUACACCCUGCAAGAAGGUGAGCAACCAAUCCGAGCUGGUAGCAUUUCAUUAUUCGAUGUUAAUGCCGAAAAGGGUAAUCUCGAGUUGUUUCAUCGCGUGGACACUGCUGGGAUUUUUGAUAUUAAGUGGAGCACAGUUGGAAGCAAUGUGGGUCCUCUCCUUGCUCAAGCUGAUGCUGAUGGGUACUUGAGAAUCUAUAGUUUAGAGGGUUGCUCUAAUGAAGAGAAACCUAGAGGAGGCUUUCUUAAUGAAGUGUGUGGUGAAAAAAUAAGCUCCUCCAUGUGUCUUUUCCUGGAUUGGAACCCAGCAGCCACAUCUAUCUCAGUCGGACUUUCUGAUGGUUCUGUUUCAAUAAUUACACUUGCAGAGUCCAAAAUAGAAAAAUUACUAGAGUGGAAGGCACAUGAUUUUGAGCUUUGGACUACUUGCUUUGACAUUCACCAACCACAAUUAGUAUAUACAGGAUCGGAUGACUGCAAAUUCAGCUGUUGGGAUAUGCGGGAUAAUCCAUCCGGGAUGGUUUUCCAGAAUUCCAAGGUGCAUAAGAUGGGAGUUUGUUGCAUUGCCAAGAGCCCCACUGACCCAAAUACCAUACUUACAGGUAGCUAUGAUGAAUACUUGAGGGUAUGGGAUCUAAGGUGCAUCUCAAGACCAGUGAAUGAAACUUCAGUUUGUCUUGGAGGAGGAGUUUGGAGAAUCAAGCACCAUCCUUUUGUGUCAGGUUUGGUCUUAGCAGCGUGUAUGCAUAACGGAUUUGCAAUCGUCAAGAUUGGAGACGAGAAACCGGAAGUUGUUGAAGCUUACAGUCAGCAUGGCUCACUUGCAUACGGGGCAGAUUGGCAGCGAGCAAAGUUAUUACCACGAGGCAGUACUAUUGUGGCUACUUGCUCAUUUUACGACCGGCUUCUUCGCGUAUGGAGGCCAAAAAGUGAUUUUUGCUGCAUUUAACCACGUCUCGUUAUCUGAGUUCACACACUAGGAACCAAUUAUGUUGGUUUAGGAAAUAUUAUUUUUCAAACUAAGAUAUGUAUUGCCUACAUACGAUCAUAUCUUUCUUCCUUCCAACCAAGUAUGACAAGUCGUUUUGCCCAUAUAUAUGCUAUUAUUCAUGGGACUUUUGUGUUAUGUGGCUUCAAACUUCAAACAUCUGCAGUUAAAGACAAUAAUUUAUGUAUGUUAUCGGAACUUGACUUGCUUGCUAGUUUGAAUUUAACGAGCAAUAAUUGAACAAAGUUUAUUUUUUGAGUUAAA